CAGAGAGGGACAACAAGGGAGGGAGAGAGAGAGAGAGAAAUGAGAGAGGUUUGAGAGCUCAAUGGGAAAAGGCAGUGUCCUGAUGUGCUAGUGCACGCUAUUUCUCUGGCAAGUUUUUGCAAUACCAUGGAUUGUUUAAGUUUUGUGUAGAAGUUGCUGCUGCUGCUGCCGCUCUUCGUGUGUUUUAGCCACCACUGGUUCUACUUGUUUUCUUUUACCAUCUCCAAAGUUUGUCCCAUCGCUGAGCGUCACAGAGGACGAGCCGUUUGCGGAGAAGAUCCAAGAUUCUCGUAACUUUUUGUGUGCUGCUCUUUUCGUAGGCCCUCAGCUCUCUGUCCUAGCUGCCUGCUCUUAUUCCUUCUUGCUCAACACACUCUUACACAUUUCAGUCCUCUCCCACAUACACACACUUCUCCUUAUUCUGGCCCCAUUUUCUGAUUUUAGCUUUGCUCUCCUGUUUCUCCUCUACCUGUCCGAAAAAGACAGUCCUGUUUCUUUUUUUCCCCACACUCGUCCCACACCAUCACUGCACAAUUCCCUCACUCUCCUAAACCCUCUUUUCCCCUAAUGGGCACCAUAUCAGACAGCAGUGCCACAUUCCCUUCAUCGUCACUGAGAACCUCUCUCCACCCCUAACCGCUUUGCCAACACCAACACCAGUACAACCCAAUGGAGACAAAAGAUAUGAUGAUGACAAGCAUGUUGACAAUGGACAAGGGGGAGAAUGAGGGAGAGAGAGAGAAAGGGGGAGAAGAGGAGACAACACAGCAGGAAAAUGGCAGACUGAUGCUGGCUGAUGGUCUUGCAGAGAGAGGACCCAAGAGCCUGACCUCGGGCUCUGGCCAGCAGGUGUCCAAUGGCUUCACUACAUCCAACCCUCAGAGCCCCAGGGAGGGACCAGGGACCGCAGCAAGCUCUGGGGGCACAGCCUCCGGGCCUGGAGGUGGCCCCGGGUCCUCCAUGCCGCUGGGAGGCCUUAGGACUCUGGUGGUCCAACAAACCAGCCUGGAGAGGCCCAGAGAAACCUGGAGCAAGAAGAUGGACUUCUUGCUGUCUGUGAUCGGCUACGCCGUGGACCUGGGAAAUGUCUGGCGCUUCCCCUACAUCUGCUACCAGAAUGGAGGAGGGGCCUUUUUGCUGCCCUACCUGUUGAUGGCGGUGUUUGGAGGUGUGCCUCUCUUCUACAUGGAGCUGGCUCUCGGCCAGUACCACCGCAGUGGCUGCAUCUCCAUCUGGAAACACAUCUGCCCCAUCUUCAAAGGAAUCGGCUUUGCCAUCUGCAUCAUAGCCCUCUACAUAGCCUUCUACUACAACACCAUCAUGGCCUGGGCCUUGUACUACCUGCUGUCAUCAUUUCGGCCCACCCUGCCCUGGACAACCUGCACUAACAGCUGGAACACGGCCAACUGUAACCGCUACAUGUCCACUGACCACAACGUGUCAUGGUCCAACUCCUCCACCUCCCCCGCCGAGGAGUUCUAUACUCGCCAGGUGUUGCAGGUCCACCUCUCCCCAGGCCUGCACCAGCUGGGCUCUGUCAGCUGGCAGCUGGCCCUCUGCCUGCUCUUCAUCUUCACCAUCGUCUACUUCAGCAUCUGGAAAGGAGUCAAGACGUCUGGAAAGGUAGUUUGGGUGACCGCUACCUUUCCCUAUCUGGUCCUUCUGGUCUUACUCAUCCGUGGGGCCACUCUGCCGGGGGCCUGGAGGGGUGUCGUCUUCUAUCUGAAACCUGACUGGGAGAAACUGCUAAGCACCACUGUGUGGAUUGAUGCAGCAGCUCAGAUCUUCUUCUCUCUGGGUCCGGGGUUCGGGGUACUCCUCGCCUUUGCCAGCUACAACCCAUUUCACAACAACUGCUACAAAGAUGCGUUGGUCACCAGCUCUGUGAACUGUCUGACGAGCUUUCUGUCUGGCUUCGUCAUCUUUACCGUGCUGGGAUACAUGGCUGAGAUGAGGCAGCAGGAUGUGGACGCCGUGGCCAAGGACGCUGGUCCCAGUCUGCUGUUCAUCAUUUAUGCAGAAGCCAUAGCCAACAUGCCCGCUGCCACUUUCUUUGCCAUUAUCUUUUUCCUCAUGAUCAUCAUGUUGGGUCUGGACAGCACGUUUGCAGGGUUGGAGGGGGUGAUCACAGCUAUGCUAGAUGAGUUUCCUCAUGUCCUGGCUAAGAGACGUGAGUGGUUUGUCUUUGGUCUGGUGUGUGUCUGCUACCUUGGGGCUCUCUCCACACUCACAUAUGGAGGAGCGUUUGUGGUGAAGCUGUUUGAGGAGUACGCCACGGGCCCUGCAGUCAUCACUGUGGUGCUGCUUGAAGUCAUCGCAGUUUCCUGGUUCUACGGUACCAACCGUUUCUGUAAUGACGUCCAGGUCAUGCUUGGUUUCUACCCGGGCUGUUUCUGGAGGGUCUGCUGGGUGGCCAUCUGCCCCUGCUUUCUGCUGUUCAUCAUCAUCAGUUUCCUGGCCUUCCCUCCAGAGGUGAGGUUGUUCCACUACCACUACCCGCAAUGGACCACCGUCUUGGGCUACUGCAUCGGGGUGUCCUCAUUCAUCUGUGUGCCUGUUUACAUGGUCUACCACCUGCUCAAUGCCAAGGGCACAUUCAAACAGCGUCUGUUAAAAAGCAUCACUCCAGAGCCCAGCAGUGUCGACCAUAGAGACUUCAUUGUCACCAACGCAGUCUGACCAAACCCUGACCAAAAGAAGGAGCCACUCUAGCGAUCUGGAGCGCCCUCUCCUGGGCAAACUGCAAAACUACAGGACAAAGGGGCUACCUUUCACCGUCUUUGCCUCUUUUCAUUCAUCUCCUUCACUUAUUUGUCUCUCUCACACUAAGAUCUAGAAGCCGAGGUGGAGUUAGGUGGAGGUAGGCUGCGUUAGCUUUGUUUAGCGUCGUUUCUCAUGCUGGUUCAGUUUCAAAGGAGUUCGGUGGUGUUACCUGCAAACCCAGAGCCCAGUUCUCAUCCCCAGUUCCACUUCUCUUCCUCUCUCACCUAAGUCAGUUAAUGACCAAACUUUUCUUCAGGUAAUGCAGCCGUAACAAAUAUUUUAUACAGUUACACAAAGUAUGAUACAAUCUGUGUUCAUGUAGGCAACAUAAUAUGCAGUCAAACUAGAGACACUGCACAGAUAGGCCAGACAGUUUCAUUUCAACCCACUCUCACUGUUUAUGGUUGUACUUUCGUAUUAUACUAUUAAGUUAUGCAUUAUAAUAUGUAGCAAAAUUCAGGUAUCUUUUUACAUCUGUUACUGAAGCCAAAUGAUAUGAUAUGAUAUCUGUUCUGUUCAUAUUUCUAAAGAUGAUUCGAUAUUGUAGUUGUCGCUAUGUUGACUGUCAGCCUGUGUUUGACGGCAUCUUGGACGAACGACGGAGUUCUCUACACUGUGAAGCGCUGUCUGGUGUUGACAGAAAUAUGUGUGUGUAUGUGUGCGCGUGUGAAAGAAAGACUGUUAUCAUAUCCAGUGGAAAAAGGAUUCACAGACAGAACCAACCAUGUGUAUUCAUUCAAUAACUGCAAUAUAAGAUGUGUAUUUAUUUUAUAAUGCAUCAUUGCUGUCAUUUUGACUUUCCUCACACUACAUCCAUUACAUGACUUAGUGCUGAUGGUCCUUGUUUCAAUCUCAGUGACACCCUGUCCCACUGCAUAACUGUCAGUAAUAGAAACCAAAUAUGGAUCAGAGCUAAUAACAUUAUCAAUGUCAUAGUCUAAAAAUCAGCAUUUCUGCUCUUUACUUUCUACCAAAAAUUAGUGUGUUUGUGUGUGUGCACAUGUGCCUGUGAGUGAGAGUGUAUGUGUCUGUGCGUGUGUGUAGGAGCAGGAGUUAAAAUAUGGCGAGUACUGUACAUCUACAUGUGUAUUUACUAGUCAGUCUGGUAUUGGUGUAAUCUAUCCUGUGAAUACCCGUCUUCUCCUUCCAUGCAUGUGUGAAUAUGUGUGUGUAUAGUUCUUGUGUGAGCAUCUGUGCGUGUGUGUAUGAGUGAGUGUGUGUGUGUGUGUGUGUGUGUGCGCCCCUUGGUUAGUAUGUUGGUGCAUAUUUGGAUGGCUGUGCAAAAAGGAUUAGAGGUGUUCAGGCCCUUUAUGUGUGCAUGCCAUGAUGUGUGUGUAUACUGUACUUCAGUGUGUGUGUGUGUGCGUGUGUGUGUGUGUGUGUGCGUGCGUGUGCGUGUGUGUGUCUGUAAAGUGAUCUCCUGUUGUCUUGUUAACAGCCAAAAUAUCUUAUGAAGGAAGUAAGCUCCCUCUUGCCUCUCUCUCUCUCGUACCUCUCAAGCUUAUGUAAGACCUAUGUAUGUCAAUAAAAGACUGUAUUGAGAAAUACACCUGUAUAGAAUAAAGAUAUAUAAAUAUAUGGGAAAUAACAGAUAAUAAAGAUA